UUAUCAAGUUAUAAACAGUGGAAAGGACAAUUAUACCAAACUUUUCUCCAAUCGCUACUACGUAUCUCAUGCGGAGCCACAAGCUCCAAAGUGCACCAACAUGGUCUCUCCCUUUUUAAGCUCAGCUGUCCUCAAAAAGCUCUCUCACCCAAAUCUCAGCUAGAGGCUUCAACUAAACUAACAAUGGAACCUGAACUCAAACCUGCAGGGGUUCGAAAGGGAGCUUGGAGCAAAGAGGAAGAUGAUUUACUAAGGAAGUGCAUUGAAAUGUACGGAGAAGGGAAGUGGAGUUCAGUCCCCAACAAAGCUGGCCUCAAGAGGUGUCGAAAAAGCUGUAGACUUAGAUGGCUGAAUUAUCUUUCCCCUGCUAUUCAUCGAGGGAAGUUUGGAGAAGAUGAGGUUGAUCUUAUCAUUAGGCUCCAUAAGCUCUUGGGCAAUAGGUGGUCCUUGAUAGCUGGUCGGAUUCCGGGCAGGACAGCCAACGACAUCAAGAACUUCUGGAACUCUCACUUGGGCAAGAAGACAGAAGCCAUUGAUACCAAAAAUAAAAUCCGAGUUGUUAAGCCCCAGCCUCGGAGAGUUGCCAGAAGCCGGGCCUGCGGACCAAAGGAUAUUAUGCAAAAAGAUGAAGGCCAAGAUCCCAACAAUUCAAGAGCACUCCCUGAGAACAAUAUUGCUGAGCAUGAAGAAGAAUCGUUGAAUGAGUUCAUGGGCAGCAGUGGUCAUGAUGAGGAGCUUGGCGGCUUAAUCCCUUAUAAUAGUAGCCAUGAGAAUUUGAGUUCUUUGGAUUUUGGUUUCAGUUAUGAAGUUGAGGAGAUCAUGGAUGGAGCUUUGUUUUUGCGAGGGGUUGAGGAAUGGGAGAAGCUACUUGAGGAUACUAUUUGUUUGGGCUGAGCCGAUCUCUUGCGACAACGAAAAAGAUCAAAAAUUAUAUUAAAGAAAUAUUAAUGCAAUCUUUUUCUCCCUUUCUGUCAAGAAUUAAUUACUUGGGAAAACUUCAAUUUUUGAAAUUUGUUUAGAAA